AUUUUAGCAUCUAACAGCAUGCUAUCCGGAUAUAUCAACAUGAGACUGCAGCAUUUGUCCACAACUACCUACAGAGGCGCACACUUUUGGCCAGCUUGUACUUGACAGUUUUCCUUCAGCCCGAUAUUUAGAGGACAAAGAUGCCAGUUUUUGCAGAUUACCACCUUACCAUAUGGGACCAUGUGGUUGUUCACUGCAGUUGCGAGAUUAUUUCCAUGCAAAGCAUGAAAAACCUUUUUUUUAAGGUAACAUAAUGAUUUUUUUAGGGCAAAAAUCGAUCCUUGUACUGAAUGUCGGGCCAUCGUUUUCCUGUUAUUUGAGGAUAAGAUUUAACUUAACUGAACCAUGUAAUUUCAUAGUAACAUUUUUUAUUCACUCUAAUCUAACUUGUUUCAAUACUGGUCAGAUUAAUUUUUUGGUCAUUGGGUUAAUUCAAGUUUAUUUCAAAACAAAGUUGUUUUAGUGUUUUUUUUAAUGAAAUAAUAUUGUUUUAAACAAUUUUGAUUUUAAAAAAAUAUAUAUCUGAGUUAUAUUAGUAACAGUGAAUUUGUUUAAUGUCUUGGAGUUAAAAUAGUUAGGUUUUAUCUGGAACUGAAUCAAAUUAUAAAUUAGUGGGCAUUGGAUUGACUCAUCAAAUUGGGGCGAAUUUAAUAAUGAUGUUUAGGAAGCACAUAUAUACAUAUCAAUUAAAUUAGAACUAGGUCUCCCAUGGCGUCCACAAAAAUCUCUUAGAACCCCGCAUCAUAAACCUAUUAGCAUAAUUUGAAGUGGCGAGUUACUGUUGGACACGUUGGAAGGAACAGUAACACUGGAAAAGAUGCAAACCUUCGUUAGCUACUUUUAUCAAGAACAUAGAGCAACGGAGUAUGUGAACAGUUAACUCCCGAAAGACCAGGAAAAGAAGUGAUUGCUCUCAUGGCUUUUGCUGUUAAAUUCUCAACCAACCAUUGUUUAAACUCUCAUGAUCUUUUGCUUCCUUCGGUUUCAUCAAACCCAACCUCAAAGAUAUCACCAGUUUCUUCUCUAUCAAUAAGAGAUGCUGGCCAUCACAUGGAGCUUAAGCACCCAUCAAGAGCAUCUGCUGAAGGACUACAACCAGCUGUAUUUGCAGCUCUUGUUCCAAACAGUGCUGAUAAACCACUACAAGAAUUAAUAGAAAGAAUUCUGGCUGACGGCAGAUCAACCUAUCUCAACAUAAGCGAAAGGAAAACAGAUAUUUGAAGGCUUGAGAUUACUUUCUCGAUGAGACUGUAGUUUUUGGAGUUUCCAGGACAAUCUAGUUCUCAUUGAUUGUGAUUUAUCAGAAAAGUAGUCACAGCUGCCUGCAUCAGUUGGAAGAAUUCUUUUUUUCUCAGAAUAUUUAUUACUGUAUUGAAACCUGCUAUCUACAUCACUUCAUAUAUUACAGA